AUGUCACGAUCGUCUUGCGCGGUCCUUGAACCCCUAACCUUUAACUUUUAUCCCCUGACCUCUGACCUCUUAUCUCCAGAAGAACGAGUGAAGAAGCUGCGUGGUACGAUCCGACGGAGCACGGAGACGGGCAUCGCUGUGGAGAUGAGGAACCGGGUCACGCGACAGGGCAGCAAGGAGUCCACGGACGGCAGCACCAACUCCAACAGCUCUGACGGAACGUUUAUCUUCCCCCCUACUCGCAUGGGUCCAGAGAGCCAGUUUAGUGACUUCCUGGAUGGAUUAGGCCCCGCCCAGAUCGUAGGCCGACAGACAUUAGCCACACCCUCCAUGGGUGACGUCCAUGUGGGUAUGGUGGACAGAGGAGGCCAGAUAGAGGUGGAGAUCAACCAGGCCAGAGGACUGACCCCUAAACCAGGGUCAAAGAACAUCCCAGCGACCUACGUGAAGGUGUAUGUGUUGGAGAAUGGGGCGUGUCUGGCUAAGAAGAAGACCAGAGUGGUGAAGAAGACUCUAGACCCUUCCUUCCAACAGGCCCUGCUGUUUGAAGAGAGUCCUCAGGCCAAAGUCCUCCAGGUGAUUGUGUGGGGUGACUAUGGGCGGAUGGACCACAAGUGCUUCAUGGGCAUGGCUCAGAUCAUGCUAGAUGACUUGGACCUUGGUGCCACGGUGAGCGGAUGGUACAAGCUGUUCCCCACCUCGUCUCUGGCUGACCCCAGCAUCGGACCCCUCACACGGCAACUGUCCCAGUCCUCACUGGAGAGCUGUGUCACCAGCCCCUCCUGUACCUAGACAGAGAGAACUAUAUAGCAACAGUACACACACACACACACACAAGAAGGGACACACACACACACUCACUCAGCAUGCAGUUAUAAACGCUGAAACGCAGUCAGACGUGUAUACAUGCAGGCUUCUGAAUACACUCACUCACACACACACACACACACACACACACACACACACACACACACACACACACACACACACACACACACACACACACACACACACACACACACACACACACACACACACACACACACACACACUCACUCAGCAUGCAGUUAUAAACGCUGAAACGCAGUCAGACGUGUAUACAUGCAGGCUUCUGAAUACACUCACACACACACACACACACACACACACACACACACACACACACACACACACACACACACACACACACACACACACACACACACACACACACACACACACACACACACACACUCCAACAAGCUGAUCCUCAGAUCCAUCCCCAUAACUACGUCAGAUUACAUGAUUUACCAGAACAUAGCAUUAUAGUAGCAUUACUUACUGCCCAAUAUCCCUGUCCCCUGUCCCCUGUCCCCUGCCCCCUGUCCCCUGCCCCCUGU